GAACGCAAGAGGGAUGCAGUCACACCCCCUUGUCUUAUCUCAGCACGCCCCUGAGACCCGUGGGCGAACAACAAUAUUUAAGGAGUUUGAUGCCGCCCACCCACACCAGCUAAUAAAACAAGGAGAUUACAUAAUCACUUAAAUAAAUAGUCGCUGAUUAAAGAGUUGCGCCCAAAGUAUCCCCAGAUUAUCAGCAGGAUCUGGAUCUCAACUAUGGAUGAAGACGGAGACACCAACUGAGGGGAAAAAAAUAAAGGGGUCCAUUUAGGAUGACACGUACAGAUUCCCCUGAUAUAUUAACAUCAACUUUGUAUCAAGACAUAAAAAUUAGCCCUAACUCUGGGCUCUCACAGUAUUCUGUAUCUUCUAAACAAUGUGAUUCUCAAAUGGUUGGCCCACUGGAUCAAAACUUUGAAACCAUAAACAAAAGACAUUGCCGUAGCUUUGAUUUUAUUGAGUCUUUGGAUGAGCCAAAGACUUUUUCCUCAUCCAUGGAGUAUCCUUACCGGUCUGAUCAGCAAACAAUAAAUAAGGAUGUAGUGUGGAAUGGCAUUGGACAGUGGGGACACUUACGUUAUUCCUCUCCGGAUCUGUUCAAUUCAAGACUCUUCCAGCAACAAAUUAGCACAGACAAAGGCAAUGACACAGCAAGGACUAGUGUUCAUGGUAAGCCUCGCUCAAAAAGUGCUCCAAGAGUUAGAGCCACCUUGACCCCUGUACCCAUCACAGUCUCUCUACCUGCAACCAUGAGGCGUCGAUCGCCAGUGGACCCCCAGAAGAGACCUGAAGGUUUGCCAAACCGAGAAACCUCUCAUUCAAUAAACAAAGCUUUGGUUAACGAGGUUCAUCCUAUCAAGCUACAACCUCAUACGCCACUGUAUGUUUCUGAAUGUUUUGAGGAGAAUAAACAGGAGAAGGAAACACAAGCUAACACUCCCCAUGUCAAGUGCCGUGUCGAUAUUAAGCCAGAUGCCUCAGUUCUCCAGCACACUGCAAGAAAGAUGUCUACUCAUAGAAGUAAUGUUCCCUGGCAGCUCUCCUCUGCAUCAGGGAUCAGGAACCUUUCUUUUUCAAGUCAGAUGCCCACCUCCAGAACGCCUACUCCUAGUGAGUGUUACAGCAUGGAUUACAGGCCAGCACAUCAGUAUUCAAACACCAUGUACAGUAGUUACAUUCAGCCUGGAGAGGUCCCUUUUGAAAGGACUUCCCCUAGAGACCCAAGGGAGUACAGAACCCUGUCUAACCCAAACAUUCCAACCAAGUUCUUCUACACAGAUGAUCCUUGCAGAUAUCCAGCUCAGCCACCCAGUAGAACAUAUUAUCAGGAUGACCAAUACAGUAUUAAUAGCAGUACCAGCCAAAAUCCCUCUCUCAGUAAUCAGUAUGUUCCUGACCCAAGGACUCGCUGGGUUCAUACUUUGCCUGUGCGUUCAUACUAUGGCGAUACUCACCGUGAACCCAUGGAUGCAUACUACAAUAGACCAUAUUCAGUGAGUGAGCCAGGGCCAUACUUCAUAUCUACCCCUCAGACUGAAACAUACUAUCAGGAGGAUCCAAGAGCAUAUACCUUUCCCUCUGACCCUUCAAAGAUGUUAUAUACACGGCCUUGCCAUCACCCAGCAGAUUUACACGUUCCUAUGCGAACAUACCAUACAGAGGGACGCCGCCGCCCACGUAUGUCCCAGGUCUUUUCAGAUGACUGGCACCGGUCAAGUAUUGCUACAUAUUCCAGUCAGUAUGCAUCCUCACAGGCAACCCCUCAGCGAGUCCCAUCGUUAAGCCCCUGGUACCCCAAUGACUUUACUGGGCCAAGCCGUUUAGGCGCAGAUGUCAGGAACUACUCAAAAUCUUGGGACAACAUACUUAUCCCUCACAUGGACAGAGAACAUGGUGUUUCACGAGGCAGGAGUUAUGAGAACCUUCCCCAUCAUGGGAGGCCAGGAGUUCCUCCUAAUAAUAGUCAACAAUCAGUUAUUUUGAACCUUUCUAGUUCACCCAGACGUUAUGCUGCAUUAUCACUCUCUGAAAACUGUCUGGAGAAAUGUGCUAGUGAAAGACAAAACAGUGCCGGGCACCACUGGUUUGUCACCCCAGAGAUUACAAUUACUGAUAAUGAAAUCCAUGCAGUGAACAGCAGCAAGAGAAAUGGGGUAUCUAACAGAUCACAAAGUGCAAACACAACUAAUUUACAGAGAACUUCGAACCCACCUGAACCCACAGUGAGAACAAAUAAUAAUUAUUCACUGCAGCAAAGCCUUGAACAGCUUGACGAGCUGCUCGCUGACUUAGUCAUUGAUUACAAACCUCAAAAUAGCAGGCAACCAAGCACGGAUUUGAUAGACCAACUCAAACAAUUGAUUGAAGAUGAUGGCACAAAAGAAGGGAAGAUGGAAACAGAUCAAGAGGAUUCAGGACUUUUGAACACAGGCUCUUCAAAGACCAGCCCAGAUACACUUAAAGACCCAGAUAGUGGUUGUGAGGGGUUUCAGAGGAGCGUUGAGGAUAUCUCUUUGAACAACAUGACAGAUGAGGAUGACACAAUGGUGUGCUCCAACAGGAAAUGCGUACGCAAAGACACUAGUUUCAAUGCUUGCUUGUACUUCAAGUCUUGCCACAGCUGUUAUACAUACUAUUGUUCCAGAAACUGUAGACGAGAAGACUGGGACAUACAUAAAGAAAGCUGUCUUUAUGGUCGCAUCAGUAGCAUUUGCAGGCAUAUACUAAAACACUGUCGAGAGAACUCUGAAAUUCAUAAAGCCUUUUCACGCAUUGCUAGGGUGGGGUAUCUGUCCCGUGGCAGAGGAGUUCUGUUCCUGGGUUUUCCGAACCCAGGGACUGCAGAUAACUUUCUCCAGGUUGGUCUUGAGAGCCUUAUGAUCUCUCCGACAUAUCUGUCCCUUAGAGAGCUAGACAGUUUCAAAGACAACCUUGGGGAAUACUGCAAAGAUUUGCAGGAUGCAGGCAAGCAGUAUGACCCAACUGAAUGUUUCCUCUUGAAUGUAUCCAUAGCUGUUGGAGACCUAGUGCCUAAAAUUCCUUCACCCAAAUUGCAAACACAUACAGUUCGCAAAUAUGCCAAGGUCUCAUUAGCCUCAUCAAGCCCAGAUAAGAAAAUCUUUAAGAAAGAAUGUGAAAUGGAGACACUAAUUCUCACUCCGCCUCCUGGGACAUCAGAAAUCAACAAGGAGGGCCAAGAAGGCAGGAAGGCAAGAGAGAUUUGUUUCAUUAACAUACAAAGGGAACUUCGUACCAGAGGGGUCUUUCUUCGCCACGAGUUCCCACAAAUAUACACCCAGCUUUGUGAGUUUGUUGAGAGCAACAAAAGAUUCACUCCUACCACUAUCUAUCCCAUAGACAAGAGAACAGGAAAACAGUUCAUGUGUAUGAUCAUGGCAGCAUCUGAACCAAGAAUGCUGGAUUGGGUUGAUGCACCACACCUUUUAGAUGACAUUAUAUAAGCCUAUGCAUCCAGUAUUAUCAAGCAUAUGCUGUGUAUACUAAGAUAUGUAUUUUAAUAGUGAGACUUUAUUUAUAUAUAUAUAUUUUUCUGUCUGCCACUAAAUACUAAAAUUAAUAAGAGUUGCCUGUGGGAUAAAUAGUUAUGUAUAGUACUAAAUAGGAGAUAUGAGCACAUAUGCAUUGUCUUAAAAUCUUAUGCAUUGACUGAACUGUUUUUUUAUGACUAUAUUUAUUGUGAUAGUUCUUUAUGUUCCAGUGGUGAUAUAACAUUUAGGAAACCUUCAAAUUUUCUCUUGCAAUACAAUAGUAUCUCAAAUUCAUUGUCUUUAGCCCCUUGAGAGAAUGAAAAUGCACUUGCAUGGAGAAUGCAUGCUGGCAAGGAAAAGCAAAUUUGAAAAUGGUUGGUCAUGUCUUUAAAACAAAUGAUGCUUAUUGAUCAGAACUGCUGAUAACAGCUUAAUGUCAGGAACCUUCUUUUUUGGAGAAAGUCUAAUAAACUGAAGAGUUUAUUUAGCUGAAGAUUCACUGUGUUGUACAUGGCAACUGCUUUCUAUAUUGUGUUCAUGGAGUAUUAUAUCUAUUUACAUGUUUAAAUCAGCUGAAAAGCAACUUUUAACUCUACGUGACAGGAAAACCUACACAUUUUCAAUAUAUAAAAGAGCUCACUAAUCUUUUCAUCUGAAUUGAAUGGUUAUUUAUCAUAUUCUUUUGAGUGUUUCACAGUAUUCUAAAUUUCUGGUUUUAUGAAGAUCUGCUAUUGAAAAAUUAAUUGAAAGAAGACAGUAUUGAGAUUUAUACAAAUGUAUAUAAAACAUGCUAUUCAUAUUUUAAGAAUUUAUAAUGACUGAUUAAACGUGUAUGCCUAUAUUUAAAAUGUAAUAUUUCAUUAGAAAACUGUCAUUUUUUAAAUUAUUCAGGCAAUGGUGGAAAAUUGCAUUGUAUGUUAGAAAGUGAUAGAUUUAGCACUUUAUUAAACCAGUGAGGAACAACAUUUAGACAGCCCAUUUAGAUGAUGUAAUCAACAGCAUGCACACAACACAACGCCAUUAGUGAUAAUAGCGAUAGUCUUUAUUUCUGUUGCCAUUUUAAAUGCCAUUAUUUAUUUAUUUCAUCUGUUUAUUACCAAUUGUGUUUUGUUGACAAAUGUAGAUAUAUUUCUGCACAGUGGUCAAUAAAUGAAAUAUCCA